AUGGGCCUAGUGCCUUAUAAACCUUCCGCGAAUAGGAUCGCUGGGGCUCCGACGAUCAAGGCGGAGAUUCUAAGAAAAUUCGGUGAAAAUGUUCAAGGAAACUUGUUCAAUCCAGAACGAUUGACAUUCAGGCUUCAGGAGACGUUCAUAGAUUUCGAAGGCUUUCCAAAUCUUGGAGGGAUCGUCGAGAGUCAAGAUGAGCAAGUGACCAAUCGAGGAGUUCAAAACACCCCAAACUUCGAUUUUGGCAAUAUUUGGGUUGAGAUACCGCCGGAGAAUUGGAGGAUUAUGAGGAGGAAGAUGGAAAGGACCAAGACGAUAAGGAUUCUGCCACAGAAGAAAAAAAAGAAGAAAAAGACGAUAAAGAUGUUGAUGGCGAGGACGACGAGGAUUCUGAAAGUGAGAUGGAAGUCGAUGAUGACUUGGAAGAGCAAAAUCAGGAGUUUCGCAACGAUUGGAAUCUAA